AUGGUGCCGCCCUCAGCCCGCAGCGCGCUGCUGGCCGCGGCCCUGGGUCUCGGCGCCCGCCGCCCGCUGCCCCGCGGCCGCCCAGCCCCGCUGCUCCUUGCUCCGGCGGCGCGGCCGCGCUCGGGGGCGGCGGGCGGCGGCGUGCUGCGGCACCUGCUGCUGAAGCUGCGGGCCACCGGGCCGCUGACGGUGGCCGAGUACAUGCGGGAGGCGCUCACCAACCCCGGGCAGGGCUACUACACGCGGCGCGGCGGCGUCGGCCAGGACUUCGUCACGGCGCCCGAGGUCAGCCAGGUGCUGGGCGAGCUGAUCGGGAUAUGGUACGUGAGCGAGUGGAUGGCCGCCGGCAGGCCCGGAGCGUUCCAGCUGGUGGAACUGGGCCCGGGGACGGGCGCUCUCACCGACGAUGUGUUACGGGUCUUCAAGCAGCUUGCCUCUUUACUUAGUAAAUGUGAUGUGUCUAUUCACCUGGUAGAAGUGAGUCCCAAACUCAGUGAGACCCAAGCACAGAUGCUGACAGGAGGGAAGGUGCAGUCAAACUCCGAGGACGAAGCUGCUUACAUGAAAGGCAUCAGCAAGACUGGCAUUCCGAUUUACUGGUACAGAGGCAUUCAAGAUGUACCACAAGGUUACAGCUUUUACUUAGCGCACGAGUUUCUGGAUGCCCUGCCAAUACACAAGUUUCAGAGAACAGAGAAAGGCUGGCGUGAGGUGUUGGUUGAUAUCGAUCCAGAGGCUCCUGACCAGCUGCGGUUUGUCCUGUCACCAUCCAGUACCCCUGCAACAGAAAACUUUAUUCAGCCUGAAGAAACCAGAGAUCACGUGGAAGUAUGUCCCGAGGCCGGCGUCCUCAUUCAGAGGCUUGCCUGUCGUAUUGAAAAGGAUGGCGGGGCCGCACUGAUUGCUGAUUAUGGCCACGAUGGAACCAAAACUGACACUUUCCGGGGUUUCCGGAAUCACAAACUCCACGAUGUGCUGGUAGCUCCAGGUACAGCAGACCUGACAGCAGAUGUUGAUUUCAGCUAUCUUCGAAAGAUGGCGCAGGGAAAAAUAGCCACGUUGGGCCCCAUAAAACAACGGGAGUUUUUAAAGAACAUGGGUGUUGACCUCCGAAUGCAGGUGCUCUUGCAGAAUUCACCCGACUCAGCAACGCGGGAGCAGUUACUCCACAGCUAUGAUAUGUUGAUGAACCCUGAGAAAAUGGGAGAUCGUUUUAAUUUUUUUGCCUUGCUGCCUCAUCGCAGACUUACACACCCUCACAAGGAACAUGAUCUGCACUCCAAGUCUCCCCUCCCACCUGUUGCUGGAUUUGGUGAACUCUUACUGAAGUAAUUUCAAUUGCAAUACCAAAAUGUCUAACAGGGGUAGCUUCCACUAGCAAUCUGUACAAUAAAAAGAGUAAAAGAAAUCAA